AUGGCUGGGAAGCUGAAUAAAUUUGAAACGCCCAGCUCUGCCAGCUCCGAUAGCGACACAGAACUUGCUCUGGAGCUGAACGAGCCAGUGUUCCUCGAAGAUGAUGACUACGCAACCAGGGCGCCAGCCUCACCUACCACGGUACCCAACGUGAGGCCUUACAGACCUCCUUCAACAGGUUCAAAUAUACUAAAGUCCCCGCGAGCGCGUCGCGUGCGCACGACGUCAAUGUCGCAGCCGAACAAGCGCACGACGGCGGAGAGCAUACUGCACGCGGACCGACGUACCAUAUACACAGCCGGCCGCCCGCCCUGGUACAACUGUACUGGCGGACAGGAGGUCGAGCCAUUCCUUAUUGGUAUUUGCGGCGCCAGUGCGUCGGGCAAGACGACGGUGGCCACCAAAAUCAUAGAAUCUCUCAACAUACCAUGGGUCACUAUCGUCAGUAUGGACUCAUUCUACAAAGUGCUAAACGAGAAACAGCAUCAGGCAGCUAACCGCAAUGAAUAUAACUUCGACCACCCAGACGCGUUCGACAUCGAGUUGCUGAUCUCAGUACUGCAGAGGCUAAGGGAGGGCAAGAAAGUGGAAGUGCCCAUCUACAACUACGUCACGCAUUCCCGGGAGAAUAGGACUAAAACGAUGUAUGGUGCGAACGUGAUCAUCUUCGAGGGUAUCCUAGCGUUCUACAACGCGGAGGUGACCAAGAUGCUGGAUAUGAAGGUGUUCGUCGACACCGACGCGGAUAUACGACUCGCCAGGAGACUGCGGAGAGACAUAGUACAACGCGGCCGUGACCUAGAAGGGGUGUUAAAACAAUACAUGACCCACGUGAAGCCUGCCUACCAGAGCUACAUCGCGCCCUGCAUGGCGCACGCUGACAUCAUCGUACCGCGCGGCGGAGAGAACAAGGUCGCCAUACAUCUCAUCGUGCAACACGUACACAAACAGUUGCAACUGCGCGGCUUCAAAGUGCGUGAGAAGUUAGCGAUCGCCCACAUCGGCCAGCCCGUGCCGGACUCACUCUACGUACUUAAAGAAACACCUCAGGUGCAAGGACUUCACACAUUCAUCCGCAACAAGGACACUCCGCGCGACGAGUUCAUCUUCUACUCCAAGCGCCUGAUGCGGCUGGUGAUAGAGUUCGCGCUGUCGCUGCUGCCGUACUCCGACCUGGUGGUGGACACCCCGCAGGGGUUCUCCUACAAGGGCCGCAAGUGUGACGUCGAGAAAAUAUGCGGAGUGUCCAUCCUGAGGGCCGGGGAGACCAUGGAACAAGCCGUCUGCGACAUCUGCAAGGACAUCCGCAUCGGCAAGAUACUUAUACAGACUAACCAACAGACUGAUGAACCAGAGCUAUACUACCUCCGUCUCCCGAAGGACAUAAAGGACUACCGCGUGAUACUGAUGGACGCCACCGUGGCCACCGGCGCGGCCGCCAUCAUGGCCAUACGAGUGUUGCUGGACCACGACGUGCCAGAACAUAACAUCUCGCUCGUCUCACUACUCAUGGCUGAGAUCGGGGUGCACUCCAUCGCGUAUGCUUUUCCACAGGUAAAAAUAGUGACAUCAGCGCUAGACCCGGAGAUUAACGAGAAAUUCUACGUAUUGCCCGGUAUUGGGAACUUCGGGGACCGUUACUUCGGCACGGAACCGGCUGACGAUGAGUGA